UGCAGAGAAGCAAAGUCGUACGUUUUUGCUUUUUCAGAAUGCUCUGUGCUCCUAAACGCUGCUUGAUGUCGCCAUUCUUUCGCGUUUGAAAACUUUAAUUGAAAGAGAAUGAACACGGAAGUGCGUUUCCAGGCUUCGUUCAGCCGCCAGUGCUGCAGUGUCUAGCUUCUUUAGGGAUGGGCCCGAAAAACAAACGGGCGCACAUUCGUCGGGAAUACAAGUCUCUCACUAAGGAUGCCCUCCGCCAAGAACUGAAAUACCGAGGCAUAAAAUCAACGGGCAAGAAAUCAGACAUGGUGAAGAGGCUGGAAAAGUGGGACCAAGACCAGAUGGCAGCCGACGCAAGUGAUUCUGCCAAGGUGGAUUUGUCAUUGCGCCAGCGCAAGACUUCAGAGUCCCUUGGUGUUGUGACCAAUGGAGGCCUGGCCACUACGGCCAGCUCGCAACAGGAGGCCCUUCGCAUGGAGCUGCUGGCUGGAUGUGACGACCGAAAGAGCCUGGUGCUCUGGCGGAGGCCCGUCAUGACGUUGCGUUAUUUCUUCAGUGAGCUGUUCGUGCUCGGCCUUGACAUGGGUGCAAGGCUGUGGCGGAACAGGAAACAAGUCUUGGCUGCAUUGUUAGUAUUACUUCUGUGCACUAUUGCCUACUACAUUGAAGGAUCUCAUCAAAAGUACAUAGCCUUCAUAGAGAAGAAAGUGCUCUGGUGUGCCUAUUGGGUAGGCCUCGGUGUUCUUUCUUCUGUUGGCCUCGGAACAGGCCUCCACACUUUUCUGUUAUACCUGGGUCCUUACAUAGCCGGAGUAACAUUAGCAGCUCACGAGUGUGGCACUGUGGAUUUUCCCGAACCUCCUUACCCUGAUGAGAUAAUCUGCCCUGAAGAGUCUAGUCCUGGUGCCCAUGUCGGCAUCUUGAAAGUGAUGAGCAAAGUGAGACUAGAAGCAUUUAUGUGGGGAGCAGGCACUGCAUUGGGAGAACUGCCACCAUAUUUCAUGGCAAGAGCCGCGAGGUUGUCUGGCAAUGAAGACCUCGAGGAUCUCGAAGAGUUGGAGGAACUCAUGGAGAAAGAGAAGACUAAGGACCUGUCUGUUCUGGACAAGGCAAAGCUGGCCGUGGAAAAACUAGUGGAGAGAGUCGGCUUCUUGGGUAUCCUGGCCUGUGCCUCGAUCCCCAAUCCGCUGUUUGACCUGGCCGGCAUAACUUGUGGACACUUCCUGGUUCCCUUCUGGACCUUCUUUGGGGCCACCUUGAUUGGCAAGGCUGUCAUCAAAAUGCACAUCCAGAAGCUUUUUGUCAUCAUUGCCUUCAACGAGAACCACGUUGAACUCUUGCUCAAAAUGCUCAGAUACAUCCCCUAUGUGGGUCGCUUUCUUCAAGCCCCAUUCAAGGAAUUCCUGGCCAAGCAAAAGGCCAAGCUGCAUCGAAAAGUGGGCUCCCAUGUGGCUCAGGAGGGUUCACUGCUCGCUUGGCUCUUCGAGAAGCUGGUUUUGGGCAUGAUCAUCUACUUCGUGCUCUCCAUCGUCAACUCGAUGGCUCAGAGCUACCACCGGCGACUUUCCAAGGGCCAGAAAGCCGCUCUGGCACCACGCGGCAAGGUGGCCAUCAGUUGAGCUUGGGUUGUGUGCCGCUCUUCUGCAUGGCGUGGGGCCCACUUGCAGAAGACGAUGCCGUAUGUGGACUACUACUGACUAAAGUGUGCCACAUGUAAAGGACUGCUAGACAAAAAUGCUGCACUCGCAUCCCCCCCCCCCCCUCCCUGUUUGCCAUUGCUGGAACUCAUUCGCACCUUAUUUUUCGGCCGUCCGAGAUUUUCUCUUUCCACUCAGCCUGUGAAAUGGUGAAAAAAGCGAACAUAACAUUUUUUUUUCUCCAUAUUUUUUUCACUUUUUCAUCUAGCCACUGCAACAAACUUUUUUUCUUUUCUUGAGUGCAGGACCCUUUCUUUAUUUCGUUGUGCUUUGCAAAGUUUUGUUGUUGCUGUAUAAAAGUUUUGUUGCUUACACAAUGUGUACAUAGAAGUGUGUAGUUGCAUCGAAAGGCUUAUGCAAGAAGUUUCAUGUUAAGUGCACAACGAAGCUGAGGGUCUGAUGAAAUCUUGUCUGGUCGGGAGAAACAUUGAUGGACACCGACCAAUGUGAAAAAUGUUUACCGAUGUUCAAAAAUGUUUACCGAUGUUCAUUGUAAACGGGGCUCUCGUGUGGCAGCUGAACUAUCGGUAAAGAUUUUUACCUUGGUCAGUGUUUGUGAACGUCUUCUCUUAAGUGCACAAAUCAGUGCCUAAAGUGGGGCUCUUCUUUUUUUAUAUAUAUAUUAAAUUUUGUCUCUGUUUCCAAUAGUGUUCCUUUGGCUCUGCUAGAAAAUUCUGGAUUUAAUUAAAUCAGUGCAGUGCAAAAAAAAAAAGUUCUGAGAUGACAAGAUCCCUGUUGUAUUAUGCAGAUUUUCAGCAGGAAAAGCACUUUCCGCUUUUGUCUCAUGUGAGAUUGUCGGACCCUCGCCACAUUCUAUACGAGGUCUUUCCUGUUGUCUUAUUAAUUUCUUCCUCGUCAGGCCUACAAUCGAAGAAUAAUAUAUUUGCUGCUCUUUCGCAGCUUUAUUGUACCAGUUCAUUUUUGGGUUGUCGCAUCGCCUGUGAGGCAGUCUUUUCAUGACUAUACAGUGUGGGCUAUGAGGGUGACAAAGAGCUGGUCUUGGAAUUUCCCUUUAAUUUUGCAGAAGAGUGAAGCACUCCUUGCUUCUUGAAUUAAAAAAAAAAUGAGCCCAUUGCAUGUAGUAAGCACUGCAUUACUAUGAUUAGUAUGCAGGAAAAAGCUAUUGAAUGUGAGCAGUUUGUACUGCGAUUGUAAGAGGUUGUGAUAUCAAUAGAGCAAGGGAGACUGUAGUAUUGGUUUGUUUUGAACGGCUGCCAAGUAUUCAGGUCAUGCUAAACGGUAGCCUUGCUUAGUGUGGCGUUCGUCCAAGUGCAAAGAUAAAGGAACUGUAAAUUGCAUUUGUUUUGAAUGUGACUGUUGAUGAGCUGUUUCACGUCACGAGGGCAUGCAACUAGAUUAGCUUCAAGGCUGCAACUCUAUCCGGGUGCUACAUUGGUAUCCGCCAAUUUAACUCUGGUCAUGUAACUUAUGUUUUAGAGCUGCCACUGCAUGAAGCAUUAGAGCUUAUAUGAAUGAUUGUCUCUCCCUAUUUCAAGCUGUCCAAUUGACAUUCCCGUAUCACUUACAGGACCCUGUACUUUUUUGUCUAUUGCAAGUGAAUGCUUUAUUUCACACUGUACAUGUGGGAGGUGGCUCGAACGAAACCCCCCCCCCCCUUUUUUUUUUUGCAAGUAUGCAUUUGUGGUUGAGCAUGAUUGAUCAACCAGGAAUGUUGAGCUUGGCACUCGUGAAAAUUGGGGAGAAUUGUUCCUUAGUUAGAUCACCAUGUUUUAUUCAGACUGGCCUAAACACUCCUGAAAUGUAAAAAAUUAUAUAUAUUUAAUAAAGAAAUCUAUACAGAUUA